CUUUCAGAUUACGUAAAAAUCUCAAUUUUGAAAAAUUGACCCAUAAGACUGGUUUUGUUGUCCAGGGUCACAAAUGGUAUGUAUGACCUCUGGGUGAGUUUAUUGAUUCAUGCAAAAAUGUUCUACCUAAUAUGACACCAACAGCUUUAAUUGCAUUGGAAAUAUACAUUUUUAAGGUCUAGUUUUCUUAAAUUCCCUUCCAUUUCGUUUGCCAAGCCAUCCCCUUUAAGGGAUUUACAUUACAUAAAACAUUUUGCGACAAUUAAUGUGUUCUCAAAACACAUGAACAUAGAUACAUACACACAUACACUUACAGUACAAACUCUGAGUGGCCAUGUGAAUCUGACUGGAUUUAUGAUGCAUUAACUGUCAGCUGAACACAUUACUAAUAAAAGCAUGCCAAUGGGCGGCUCACUGAGAAACGCAAUUACCUUUUCAUUAUGCAAAUGAGAUCCUGUGAGCAACUUUGAGUUCUGAGGUCUAGGAAGCGGAAAAGCAAGCAGAUUAACCCCCAUGACCCAGAGACAAGUGGUGAGGGUGGAUGGGGAAGUGACCCUUCGAGUAUAUAAACAUCUCAAUAAGUUGAAGUGACUGUAUACAGUGUAUUAAAUUACACAUUUGCAGAUGAAAUAGUUUACCAAUAUAUGCAUCUGUCAUUGUUUACUCCCUCUCUUGUGUCCCUUUUAUAUCCGGAGCACAAAGGAAAUUAUUUACAGCUUGAUUUGCAAACAACUCUUUUUUUUUAAACAAUGAAAGUGAAUAUUGACCAAGUUAAAGUUAAAUUUUGCAGGGUGAGAUUUUCCUGAAUUGUCUGUCUUUUCCCCAGUCAGAUCUACUUUGUUGCUUCAGAAGGCUUUGUCAUGCUUUUUGUGUUUGUUCAUUCUGCUGAAAUUCAACUGACAGUGAUUUGGAAAGACACGUGGGUGAGUAAAUUUCAACAGAAUUUUCUCUUUAAACUCAAUGACUGAAGAGAAAAUGGAGCUUUGUCUCCAUCAAGUGUUUAUUAUGUAUUUCUCUACAGGGUGCAUGUCUUGCUCUCUUUAGAUGCGAAACUGGUCGAAUCUGUCUAUUUACGCAAAUAUACAUGCAAAUCUAACCAUGUAAUUCUCAGCAAUGUUCCAGAAAUGUACUCCAUAGUCAUUAGAAAGAUUGAUGUGCUCCAGGCCCCUCUUACAUUCCCGUGACAUGAGGAAUGCGUCGUUGCACACAUUCUUUGGCAGAGAAAGGAGCAUUUCCCGCUUGUGUUUUUUUUUGCUCAGAAAAGAAAUGGACUGAGGGUGUUCCCAUAACGUUUUGUUACAGUUGCACACAGUAAAGAAAAGCAGUUUUGGAGUGGAUAUCUGCAUGCUUCUUCACAAUGCGUGUGCUCGUGCAAGGAGUUGCAUUUCUCUUCUCUCUGUUGUCUUCAGCAGCUCUUAAACACGGUGCGUUAGUGAGGAACUCUCGAUCUGUGCUUGAACCCGUGCACUGCCAGUGGGGAACUUAUGGAAGCUGGUCAGCCUGUGAUGGCUGCUCCAAGACACAAAUGCAGAUUCGAUCCAUUGCAGUCUAUCCUCAGUUUGGUGGUCUCCCCUGUGCUGGAAGCUCAGUCCGCACACAGCCGUGUUCCACGGCUCAGGUCUGCCCCCUAGAAGAGGGCUGUGGAGGAAGAUUUCGCUGUCAAUCUGGAAAAUGCAUCAGCCAGUCGCUAGUAUGUAAUGGAGAUCAGGACUGUGAAGAAGAUGGUUUGGAUGAGCAACAGAAAUGUGACAGUAUAAACGUUUGUGACCUGCACCAGCCUCCACCGAAUGUAGAGCUAACUGGUCAGGGGUUUGAUGCAGUGAGCAGACAGCGGAGAGGAACCGUUAUCAACACUAAAAGCUUUGGUGGUUUGUGUAGAAAGACCUUCAGCGGAGACCACUCGCAAAUGUUCAGAAUUCCCCAAAAUGUGCUCAGAUACACCUUCCAGGUGACAGCAAAAAAUGAAUUUUCAGAGGAAUCUUUUCAAAGCUCUUGGCACUACCUUCAUCACAUUGAACGACAUAGUAAAACAACAGGCACAGAUUAUGGGCACGAAGAUUACACCUUCCACGACGAACUGCGACAAACUAAGUCUGAACAACUGAUCAUCAUUAAGAGUGAUGUGGAGGUUGGCCAGUUCCAGAAUCAGGCUCCAGAAUAUCUUUCCCUUUCAGAGGAAUUCUGGAAGGCUUUGCUUUCUCUGCCGGUCGUGUACAAUUACGCUGCCUACCGUAAUGUGCUGGAGAGAUUUGGGACACAUUACAUUUCAGAGGGCACGCUUGGAGCGCAUAUGAGAGUAUUUCUGGCAAUGAGUGAAGAUAUGAUCAACAAGCUGAGAUCGGAGAAGAGAGACUAUGCACAUUGUGUUGUAACAACGCAUUCGAUAUUGUUUUUCAUCCGGUGGACAACUAAACGUUGUGAGACAGAUAGAUUUGAAAAAAAUUAUCCCUUUUACAAUAAGAUAGCAAAAAGUGUGAAAAGCACAGAUAUCAUUGGUGGAUAUCCUGGACAUAUCGCGAAACUGUUACUGUUAAAUGAAAGCACACCAGAGGACAAUGGGAGGGCUUUCUCUCAGUGGUCUGGAUCAGUGAAGAACUUUCCAGAAGUCAUCAAACAGAAGCUUAGGCCUCUGAAUGAGCUGGUGAAAGAGGUGCCAUGCGCAGGAGUGAAAAAGUAUUACUUAAAGCGUGCCAUUGAGACAUACCUCAAUGAGAAACACCCGUGUCACUGCAGAGAAUGCCAGAACAACGGGUUGCGGGUAAUUCUAGAUAACGUCUGUCAGUGUGUGUGCAAACCGGGAACUGAACGCAAAGCAUGCGAGCAUGGGACACCACUAGAUGAACAGCCAGGAGUGAUCCAUGGAGACUGGGCUUGUUGGUCAUCAUGGAGCACUUGCAGGGAAAGUCAGAAAAGCCGCACCCGCUCCUGCAGUCGACCCGCCCCUCGAGGGGGUAAGGACUGUAUUGGCAAAGCUCAAGAGACUACGGCUUGUGAGGAUGAGGAGGAACUGGAUUACCUACGCACAAUGGAGCCUCACUGCUUUGAUGAGUCCUUGACACCCAAGGAAAGUUGUAAAACGCCUCCCGCCCUUGCCAAUGGGUUUGUGCUGUACCCCAAAGAUCAAUAUCCAGUAGGCAGUAAGAUCGAAUACACUUGCAUUGAGGGCUAUCACUUGAUUGGAGACGCCAUCGCAGAAUGUCAAGAAAAUCUAAAAUGGCAGCAACAUUCAAAAGAGUGCAAGAGAACAUUAUGUGAUCCACCUAAGCUUCCUCAAAAUGUCACAGGAAGACCAUGGAAGCUAGACUAUAAAAUCGGUGAGGCCAUCACACUGUCAUGCCCAGAUGGGAAGGAAAAAGAAGGUCCACCUGAGAUUCAGUGCAACGCUGGCCUUGCCUGGUCGCCUCAACCCAAAAACGCAAGGUGCCUCACAGUGUCCGUGAAGCCGACCCCUGAAACAACGAAAUGCCAGCCAUGGGAGAACUUAUCGAAGGAAAAAUGUGUUUGCAAAAUACCCCAUGAGUGCAAGUCUUCUUUGGAUGUAUGUGCCACAAAUGUCAAGCGUGUUCAGACACAGAGACUGAGCGUGUGUAAGGUACAGGCUAUGCGCUGUCUGGGACACCAGUUCACUCUUGCUAACGACAGCGCCUGCCAGUGGCCAGAUCGCUCAUCCACCGACUGCCCACACUGCACGCCCUGGGAAAAUUGUGAUGAGCAAACCAACACCUGUCGCUGUAAGACGAGUGAGGAAUGCUCAAGCCUGGGUCCCUGGAUCCACGUGUGUGCGCAGCUGGAGGGAGUAUCUGCACCUGUGACCAUGACAGAAUGUGAGGCGGGAGUGAGAAAGUGCAGAGGAGAGACUGUCCGCGUUGUCAGUGUUCAACCCUGUCAGUCAUGAGUCUCAAUCAUAUUCUUUUACUUGUAGUAUUCUAUCACAUAUAAGCACAAUUUGUUUGUGGCAAAUAACUCUGAGGUUGUUUGCUUUUUGAAAAGUUUAAUGAAUAGUUGAAUGAAAAAUGGAAAUUAUGCCAGCAGCAUUUACCUAAAGUACAAAACGUAAACCCACAUGACUUUCUUCUGUGAAAUACAAACGAGUUGUGAAGUACUGUAUAUACUUCUGUCCUAAUAAAAAGAAAACAAGUUUUAAAAGA